UUUUGUGCGCGUUUACGCACAAAGGACCAAACGGUGACCUUCAGUCCACCAGAGUCUCUGGAUCCAGUCAGAGCUGGUACUUGAAGAUGAUCCUGCUGCUCGGUCUGAUCUGGUCUCUCUGGGGAGAACCAGCUCGGUGUCUGCAGGAGGAUGGAGGUUUCACUUUUAGUGGAGACAUCCUCCACAUCACCGUGGCCACCGACGAUGUUUACAUCGCUACAGAGGAGAAGCUUUACCAGCUGAGCCACGACCUGGUUCUGACCCACAGUCUGACCCAGAGAGGGAUGUUAAAGGACUUGAACCAGAACACAAAAAAGUUUCAUCGGGUCUCUGAGAAAACCAGAGGGAAUGCAACUUUUAGAGUCAAUGUUUUCUUACCGUUCACCAAGAAUAACUCGCUGAUCAGCUGUGGUGUGAUUGAGAGCACGUGUGGUUACUGUGAGAUUCUGGACAUGAAGAACAUCUCCAACCUUAUGCAUGGAGAGAACAUCCAGGUGGGACCUCUGGAGCGCAGCAGCGCGUCUGUCAGCUUCCUGGUGGACGUGAAGAAGAAUCCAACUGUGUCUGAAACUUAUAUUCUUGCUGCGGUCCAACAGGACAAGGCAGAGCAGGGCAAGUCUGACCCGGAGACGAUUAAACUUCUUAACACAGAUGAUUCUCAGCAUGGAAAUAUAUUUUCGGGCACCGAACAAACAGGAACGCAUGUGAUCAGAAGUCGAGGCAAGGUGGAGUUUGUGGACGGAUUCCAGAUCAACUCAACAGUUUAUCUGUUCUCCAACGUGGAUUCAGGCACUAAAAACAACAAAGUUCGUCUCCUCUGGUUUGAGGCCAAAAGCAGCAAAAGAGAAACAUUCAACUCUCUGCGUGGAGCGACUCUCAGGAUCUCUGGUGAUGAAGAAGGCAGCCGACUCCUGGCCUCCUCCAUCAUCCGUGGUGGACAGCAGGUGCUGUGGAGCGGUGUGUUCAGUGUGGACGGAGGAGCAACCAGAACCGAACUGGUUCUGUUUGACAUCAGCCCAGAUCUCAGCAGGGGGACGGACACAGAUCCAGACUUCUACCCCACAUCUAAAACAUCGGUUUCUCAGUCAGAACCAAAGAUCCUGAAACCAAAGGCUGUGCUUUUCAAGAAGGACUACAUGACUUCUGUGUUGGCAGAGAGGAAGAUGGGCUGGAUGGUUUUCUUCAUUGGGACAUCAGAUGGACAGCUCCUCAGGCUCUCUGUGGACAGGAACCUCCGCCCCACCUGUCCAAAGGUGCUCUACAGGGCCAGUGGGGACGUAAAGCUGUUACCCCAAAUCUACCUGGAUCCAGUGGAUCACGAACAUGUUUAUGUUUCUGUUAAAAACCAGGUUAACCGUGUACCAGUGUCAGAGUGCAACACACACACAGAUAAGAAGGCAUGCUGGUCUGCUCAGGAUCCAUACUGUGUGUGGUGUGUUGAUGAGAAAAGAUGCACUCGUGAAGAUGAAUGUAAAGGUUCAGACUGGUUGUCCAUCCCUGAUGAAUCCCAGAAGAAGAUGAUUUCCCACCGAGUUGUGGAGGAUCCUAAAGGGCAGAUCAAAGUGACCAUCCAGGCUCACCUGACUGUGAAAGCAGAGAUGCGCUCUAACUUUUCCUGUCAGUUCUCCACAACCUCUGGUCAGCUUUGUAUGCAGUCUGGCUCUAAACCGCAUUACCCACAAUGCACCUGCAUUCUCUCUACUCAUCCUGUUGAUGGUGUUGAUGUCACUGUAAGGAUCAGAGUUGGUGCAGCGCAGCUGACGGAGAAACUACAUCUGAUCAACUGUUCUAACAUCCAGGGAGAACCAAGUGAUUUAUUGUGUCAGCGGUGCAUCACAGCUGGGUGUGGAUGGAGAGACAACAGCUGUUCCUGGGCCAGUCCACAAGUGCAAAGUGACAGCAUUUGCACCAACAUUACGUCUGAAGUGAAGUUUUCUAAGCCAGAGAUCUCCUCCAUCACUCCCAGUAACGUGUCUUUCUACGGCAAAAACCACGCUGUUCUGUCAGGUCGUGACCUCCAGGAUGUAAUCGGAGUGAAGAUCCUGAAGGACUUGAGCUGCAGUCCACAGGAAUCACCUGUGUGGAACAAAACUGGUGUGAAUCUUACGUUCCACAUUCCCAGUACAAAUGCCAAAGGAGCGGUGAAAGUGUGUGUUCUUCUCCCUGAUGGUAGUUGCCAUGGUAAUGCUGAAAUCAUCUAUCAGUCAGCACCAAUCUGCAGUGGUAUUGUGCCAAGCAGCUCCUGGAUCAGCGGCAAAAGGAAGGUCACGCUUCAUGGAACCAACCUGUAUUUUGUGGACGGUAUCACACAUGACCACAUGCAUAAUCAUGCUAUACUUCCCAGAACCAGCAGCUAUCAGAAUCUCACCUAUGAAACACCUGCAGCUGAAAAAACUCAGAAGAGCUUCGUGUCUAUGAGAGUAGCCAAUGAGACCUUGUCCUGCACUCAAAUAACCUACUACAAAGACCCGGAGUUCACCAGUUUCAGCGCUGUGAGGGAAGGAAAAGAUGUUCGCAUAGUGAUUCAAAAAAAGGCUGAUGAAUUGAACAUGUCAACGGCAGAGUUGUCAGUUUGGGGAAUUCGGGAAGAGGAGAUGCAUUUCUGCAGCAUAGAAGGCAAAGAAAGCAGCAGCGAGAUUGACUCAAUCAGCUGUGAGAUCAAAGGAAUUCAGGAGGUUAAAUUUAACCAGUUAGAGAUCAGAUAUGGAGACAAGUCCAUAAAACUCAGUAAUUCCUCGUCAAAUCUCAUUUUCAUGUUGUUUGCCCUUCUGCUGAUACCCGUUAUUGUUGCUGUGGUGGUGGUAGUCUACCAGAGCAAGCAGAAGAAGCUCACUGCAAAGAUGAACAGGUUAAUAGAGGACCUGGAGCUAGAUAUCAGAAAAGACAUCAGACAAGGGUUUGUGGAUCUGCAGACAGAAAAGGCCGAUCUGAUGGAAAACGUUGGAGCGAUUCCUUUCCUGGACUAUAAGCACUUUGCUUCCAGAAUCUUUUUUCCUGAGAGUGACAGAUUAAUUAGAUUGUGUAUCAAAGACAUUGGUCAGGAUGUGGUGACAGUUAAGCUGGAUGAGGGCUGUCAGAGUUUGUCCAAGCUGAUCCAGGACCAGCUCUUUCUCACCUCUGUGGUGCACGCCUUGGAGGAGCAGAAAAGCUUCACCAUCAAAGACAAGUGUUCUCUUGCAUCUCUGCUCACUGUAGCGCUUCACAGCAACUUGUUGUAUCUGACGAAUGUGAUGGAGGUUCUGCUGGAGGAUCUGAUGCAUCAGAACAGCAACAGCCAGCCAAAACUGCUGCUACGACGCACACAGUCCACAGUGGAGAAGCUGCUGACUAACUGGAUGUCCAUCUGCCUCUACGGCUUCCUGCGGGAGAGUGUUGGACAGCACCUGUUCCUGUUGGUGAGCGCUCUCACGCAGCAGAUCUCCAAAGGCCCAGUGGACUGUGUGACGGAGAAGGCUCUGUACACGCUCAGCGAGGACUGGCUACUGUGGAAGGCUCAGGACUUCAGCCCUCUGAAGCUACAGGUUCUGUUUGCUGUGGGACGUGAUGGAGAAGUGAGCCAACCCCUAGAGGUGAACGCUCUCAGCUGUGACACCGUGGAGCAGCUCAAAGAGAAAAUCCUCUCCACUUUCAGAGCCAAGUUUGGCUUUCCAUACGAAACCCCCAUCAGAGACGUGUGUGUUGAGUACGAGAAGCAUGGGUCAUUUGUUCCUCUGCAGGAUGUAGAUGCGAGCUCUGAGGUCAUCGGGGACAUGAAGAAGCUCAACACUCUAAAGUACUAUCAGAUUAGCGAUGGAGCAGCCAUCAAAGUGAUUUCAAAGAAAGAUCAUCCUCCUCUGAGCCCACAGACGAGUCUGAAAGAUGAUGAGAACUUCUCAGGAAAAUACUUCCAUUUGAUCGAUCCUGAUGUAGUCGAGGACCAAGCAAAGAGUCCAGAGAGGAAGAAGUUAAAUCUGAAGGAACUGCACCUCACCAAGCUGCUCUCCACCAAGGUUGCUGUUCAUUCAUAUGUGGAGAACCUCUUCAACUCCAUCUGGGGAAUGCCGCAAAGCAAAGCACCGCACGCCGUCAAAUAUUUCUUUGACUUUUUGGAUGCUCGGGCAGACAACAUGAAGAUCUCAGACCCAGAUGUCCGACACAUCUGGAAGACCAACAGUUUGCCGCUGCGGUUCUGGGUCAACAUCCUUAAAAACCCACAGUUUGUUUUUGACAUGGAGAAGACUCCGCAUCUGGACGGCUGUCUGUCCGUCAUCGCUCAGGCAUUCAUGGACUGCUUCUCUCUCAGUGAGAUCCAGCUGGGGAAGCAUGCACCCACCAACAAGCUCCUCUAUGCUAAAGACAUUCCCAAGUUCAAACAGGAAGUGAAGGUUUACUACAAACAGAUCCGAGACCAGCAGCCAGUCACAGACACUGAAUUCAAGAACUUCUUGCAGGAAGAGUCAAAGAAACAUGAAAAUGAAUUCAAUGAAGCUGCAGCUCUGAAAGAACUCUACAAAUUCAUCCAGCAGUACUUCACACAGAUCAAAGAGAAGCUGUCUCAGAAUGCAGCUCCUGCUGAGCUGGUGGAGCAGCUCCAUCAUGUUAAAGACACAUUCGAUGGACUGAAAAGCUGCUCCUGGAGCUGCUGAAGACCUCUGGUGAAGCUGAUCAGGGACUGAUGAAGCAUUUUUUCCUCAUCGGGUUCCAACAUAGAGCUGAAGUUGGGAAGUGGAAAACAAGAUAUUUUUGUGAUGACUGGAUCCACUGCUGCUGGUUAACAAACACUUUAGCCAAAAACAGUAUUUUCAGUGGUGUCCCCAAGGGGUGGCUGAAUUGCUGGCCACCCCACUGUCCACACCCAGAGAAGACCAGUGUUCUUUAAUAAGUCGCAUUCAUGUUGCUUUUUUAAUUU